AUGUCCAACUCCAGCGGCAUCAAUGGCCCGGCGAUCUUUGUCGCACAAUACAUCUCCGAUGAAGCUCCAUUCAACACUCUGGAAGGAAUCGCCGAGUGGGCCGCACGUCUCGGGUAUAAGGGGAUUCAGAUCCCUGUUGACCCACGGCUCAUUGACAUUCAGAGGGCCGCAGACGACUUAUCUUACUGUUCCGCGCUUUUAGACACUCUCAAACGCUAUGGAAUCCAACUUACUGAGCUAUCCACGCAUCUUCAAGGACAGCUCAUUGCUGUUCAUCCUGCCUACGAUGUUCUCUUUGACGGCUUUGCUCCGCAAGACCGACCGCAAUCAUUGGUCGAUAAAGGGUUCGACGAGCUCGCAACGCGCUGGAAGCCGAUACUCGACGCGUUUGACGAAGCAGGGGUUGACCUCUGUUAUGAAAUCCAUCCAGGAGAGGAUCUCCACGAUGGAGUAUCAUUCGAACUGUUCCUGAAAGCCGUGGGUGGUCAUAAACGAGCUUGUAUUCUCUAUGACCCCAGUCACUUCAUUCUACAACAACUCGACUACCUCAGUUUUGUGGACAUUUACCAUGAACGCAUUAAAAUUUUCCACGUCAAAGACGCCGAGUUUGUUCCAAAUGGUCGCCAAGGCGUUUAUGGAGGGUAUGGCUCAUGGAUAGAACGGGCGGGUCGCUUCAGAGCACUCGGAGAUGGCCAAGUACAAUUCAAGGGGAUUUUCACACGACUGAUCCAACACGGAUACUGUGGAUGGGCUGUGCUUGAGUCUGAAUGUGCGUUCAAGGAUAAGAUGGUGUGCGCGGAGGAGGGUGCGCCAUUCAUUGCGAACCACAUCUUUCCUCUAGCAAAGACGAGUUUUGAUGAUUUUGCUGGAUCUGGUGUCAGUGACGAUCAGGUUAGCCGGAUACUAGGGAUUCCCUAG